UUUGUUUCGUGUCACUUAACUUGCACCACGCAGUUUUCGUCUUCAGAGUAAUCGAUCGGUGGAUUGAUUCCGGUGAAAACCCGUUGCACUGGAUGUGUAACUUUGAUGAGCAUCGUGAACUAAUUUGCAAGCACUAGUGCAACCUACGGGCCACGGUUGAAAGGUCGUGGAACAGAAGACUAUAAAAAAGUGACGCUAAAAAAAUGUCCUACCGGAUUCUACGGAAGCUGCAGGGCAACGAGCUCGAGAUCAAGGACCCCAUCGAUGAGAUUUCGGAUGGGGCUGAUGCGGACUACGAUACCAACAGUGUGGGCAGUCAGACCCGUAAGAAAAUCAAUAUAAAUCGAUUUGAUUUGCUGAACCAACAGCAGUCGCUCUCGGAAAGCGAAGUCAAAGAAGACGAUAACGACGAAACGGAACGGGACGCCGCCGGAGGGACGCAAAAUACCAAUCUGGUCGAAUGCAAGAAGAAGAAGAAAAAGAAGAAGAAGCGUACUGGCAGAUAUGUGGCCAAUUCAGCUCGCCGUAGCAGUGAAGACAACGCCGACGUCGAGGACGACUUUGCCAAAACGGUCAAAGAGGUGGACCAGCUUUUCGCCGAUUACGGAAAGUCGGAGAACAGCGCAGCCGUGGCGAACAGAGCAAACGGUAUGGGAGACGAAGCCGGUCCCAGCUUCAGUGGGGGAAAAUCUCUGCUCACGAUUCAACACAAGAACCUUAAUCCGCAGUAUGAAAUGAAGCGCAUGUUUGGUAGCAAGGUGGUGGCAGAUCAGCAGAAUAAAAGGCGUAACAAUCGGGGAGCUCCGCGCACUUUGAAGUCCACUUACUUGGUCAAUCCCAAAGACAGCUGGCCACCAGUGGGCAAGUCCGGUAUAUAUAUGAACCUAGUGCAGGCUCCAGAACAAUCCGUGGGAGGUACAUCCAAAGGGAUUUCCGAUAAAAAUGUAAUCUAUUUCGCAUUCGAGCACAGUCUUUCGUACCGGCAGAUUCAACAAAAGUUCUUGAAUGCCGUCGAGAGCAUGGACUCAGACAACAUAAUCAAGAUUAUCAAUCAGCAUCCUUAUCAUGUGGAUUCUCUCAUUCAGUUAAGCGAGCUGUGUAAGAUGUCCGAGGAUCAUGCCAUGGCUUCCGACCUGAUCGAGCACGCUUUAUUUGCACUGGAGUCCUCGUUUCAUACCAUGUUCAGUUUGACGCAAGGCACCUGCCGGCUGGACUAUCGGCGUCAGGAGAAUCGAGCUUUCAUAACUCUGUUCAAGCACUCGCAGUACCUCGAGUCUCGUGCGUGCUCUCGGACCGCUCUUGAAGUAGCGAAACUGAUACUCACUUUUGAUCCGGUCAAUGACCCGCUGGCGAUCAUUCUUAUGAUCGACUUCUAUGCUAUUCGCGCCAAACAGUAUGACUGGUUGGUCCAGUUAUAUGAUGAGUGGGAGGCCACCAACAACCUGUCGCAACUGCCGAACAUGGCAUAUUCGUACUCCCUGGCGUUGUUUCUCUUGAAGCGAACAGAGGCUGCCGAUCGUGCCCUUCAGUAUGCGCUGCUGAUGUUCCCGUCCGUGCUGCGAUUACUGUUGGACGAAUUGGGUAUUCAGCCGGAUUCCCGAGUUAUCGGGCACAGCUAUUUCGCUGCGAGCACCUACGACAAGGCCACUGUUGCCCUGCAACAGCUCACGUCGAUGUACGUCUGUCGGUCGAAGUUGGUCUGGCGAGAUACGGAGAUUCUGCCGUGGUUGGAACGGAACGUUAGCACGGUGUUGGAUCGGGUUGACAACAAGGAUGAAAUCGUUGCGGAGUACACUGCAAAAAGGAAUCAAAGAUAUAUGAAUCCUCCGAGGGCAAUCUUGCGACACAUCGUCCUGUCGGAUUUCAAGGAGAAAGUUCCGCUCGCACAGUUCAUCAAGAAAGAAACGGAACCUGUACUGAUGUACGAUCCACUACCCCCGUUGGAUUCAAUUAACAUUUAUAGCAGGCCGUCAAUUAGCCCGACUACAAGGAACUUGAUCAACGCUUCACCGUUUUCGAUGUUUUUCCAAUCGCUACUGCCGAGCUUCAGUCUACAGCAGCAAGCCCAACAGCAGCAACCGGGCCAGCUGGCGAUCCGUAACCGCGAAGCCGGCGAAGGUCCUGCUGCUGCGGCGGCCCCUGCAGCCGGCGAUGGUGCCAUCGCCGGCCUCCAGGCGUACACCAAUUCGCUCAACUCCAUUGUGGAUGCUAUGCGGGACUUCCUGUCCGACAUUCGGGUGCUGGAGAGGCCCAAUGAUGCCGACGUGGACGACAACGAAAGCUCCGACGGCGACGAGCAGAACGACUAUCUCACGUAAGCGGGGGCAGUGAGGAACGGUGGGUGUUUGUGGUUGGCUAAUGGGCCGGAAGGAUUGAGAAUGGCACACGCUUAAGAUUUUAGGAAACCUUCCAUCACAUGGAGAGUAGUCAAGUUUUUAGGGUAUAAUUUGAUAGUUUGCUAGUUUUUCGACUCAUUUAUUUUUUAAUAUUAAAAGCAUCGUUUUUUUUUUGUGUUGUCAGCCUGAGGAUGCGGGCAUAGUAGGUAUAUCAACACGAUGGAGAGGGAUGCCUCAAGAAGGUUUGGCAGCUUAUCGAUUAUUAUUAUUUCUUUUUGUAGGUUUUUUGCGUUGCGUCUACUCUGGCAGUAACUUGAGAAUUGUUAUGUUGUUAAUGCAAUAUUUAUUUUAAAAAAACGGAGUGGAACACUAGCCUUCAUAUGGCCUGAAAUUGGUUAUGCUGAGUAGACUUCACUGCAAAUUGGCAAUACAGUUUUGAUUCCGAUUAAAACGGUCAUAAAUCGAUUUGUUUAAGAUAGCGUUCAAUUGUUAAGUAUUCUUUGGAAGAAUCCAGAACGUUUUAGAUAUAUGCAAAAAAAAAAUCCUUAAAGAAAAUUCGUGAAUAUUAGAUUUCGACACUUGUUCGGCGAGUUAGUACUAUUCAAUUUAAUACCACCACUUAAUUGUAACUUUUACAGCUAUACGUAAUUCGACCUCAACAGUAAGGCCGUUUAAGUGUCUCGUACUUGGAUCGACUAAUUUUCAAAUCGUUCUAAUUCCAAAUAACUGUUCUUUCAGUUUCAGAAGAAAGUUCAGAGGAAGUUUAUAAAAAAAUUCUUGCAAAAAAUCAGAAGAUUUAGAGUUAAUAAAACCCUCGAAAAUUG